AUGGAUGAAAGGAUUGAGUUAUGUGUUGGGAUAGACUAUAUGGCCAGGGGAUCACGCAGCAAGAUUACGGAUUCGGUGUGUAUAAGAAAACCUGUAGUGGUUGUGAGUCCAUACAAAAGCAAAUGCUUGGAUAUAAUGAUCGCAGUGAAGGGAAUGCAAGAAAUUGUAGUUACGCCAAAUGAUCUUGUUGAGCUUCUUGAUGGUGUAGAUGGAGAUAAUUAUGCUGAACUGUCAAAGCAGACACAUAUUAUUGUUGAAAAUGGACAGCUCAUGGAGUCUUUUGGAUAUCUGCCUGAGUUACUAGAAUUGAAGAGAAGAGGAAAAUCAUUUGUGAUUUUGAACAUGAGCAGUCAGCCUGUGUUUGCAAGCAAUGCGGUUGUAUUGACUCUUGACAAAUACUUUAUAGAAGCAAAUGGAGAUGAUAGAUAUGCAGUAGUGUUUAUGUUAUGCAGGAUAUAUAAGAGAGUGUGCAUAGUAUGCAGAGAAUAUAAAAGAAUGAGGAUGUUUGCGGAUAUAUUUAAGCUUGAAGUGCUUGUAUGCAGGCAUAAAGAUGUAAAUGUAGGAAGUGGUGUUGUUGUUGUUAUGGAUGAAUUUCGAGAAUUUGAGUGUGAGGUUCUGUUCUAUAUUGGGAAGUCAUGCAAAGGCUUGCAAAGAAAGAGACUGGAUGCAAGUAAGAUGGGGAAGUACUUGUACAGGGUUAGAGAUGUGUGUGGGGCACUUAGCCCAAAUGUUGUUAGUGGUAAGCAGAAGCUGGAUGCAGGGAGGUUCUGCAAUAUAGACAGAUAA